GCCGGCCGUGCACCAGCAGCAGCCUCUCCCUCUGUGGCGGAUGGAGCCCUCUCUGUGCUCGGGCAGCGCGCACGCGGCGGGCCCCGCUGCAGCUGGAGCCGCCGCGGCUGUUGACGGAGGCGCAGGCGUCGAGCGCACGCACGAGGCAGAGGAGAGGAUGGAGAGGACGGAGCCGAGCGAGCAGCACCGGACCAGCAACAACCAGCAGCAGGACGCGUCCUCCACUGCGCCUUCCGGGCUGCUCGAUAAGCUGUUUGGAAAACGACUUCUUCUAGCCCGACAUUAUAUAAUCUCUCGCAAGUCCUGGUUAAAGAUGGUUCCGACAGAAAACUGUGAUAUCCUGAUGACAUUUCCAGGUACAAUAGAUGACCACACUCUUCUGUGGCUCCUGAACCAGAUUCGUGUUGGAAUCCCACAAAUCAGUAUCCAAGUUCGGCAGCAUAAACACACCCAGGCGUAUGCCUUCUUCAUCACAUCAACAUUCGAGAAUUUACUGCGAGGAGCGGAGCAGACGGGCAUGCACAAGGCUGUGAAACCACAGUUUGGUGGUGGGAUGCGCCGCUUCUCCUGCGAGGAGGACAACAUCUAUGAGAACAUAGAGAGCAAGCUCUGCUUUUUUACCUCGCAGGAACGUCAAAGCAUUGUAAAGUACUGGCUGGACAACCUGCGUGCCAAACAAGGGGAGGUGCUUCACAACAUCUACUUUCUGGAGGGGCAGCCAAUCAUUCCAGAGCUGGUAACUCGAGGGGUCAUCCAUCAGAUGUUUCCUCUUCAUGAACAAAGAAUACUCAACCAGCUGAUGACGUCUUGGGUCCAAGCUGUGUGUGAAAGGCAACCCCUCGAUGACAUCUGUGACUACUUUGGAGUGAAGAUCGGCAUGUAUUUUGCCUGGCUAGGUUUCUACACCAACUCCAUGCUCUACCCUGCUGUUAUUGGCUUUCUGCUCUGGAUACUGGCAGAGGCUGACCAGACCAGUCAGGAUAUCUGCUGUGUAGUUUUUGCCCUCUUCAAUGUCGUUUGGGCGACUUUGUUUCUGGAGCGCUGGAAGAGGCGAGAAGCAGAACUGGCCUACAAGUGGGGCACUCUGGAUACCCCUGCCGAGUCCUUGGAGGAGCCCAGACCUCAGUUCAGGGGGGUGAAGCGCUGCAGUCCCAUAACGGGCUGUGAGGAGUUCUAUUACCCUCCGUGGAAGAGAGCUGUGUUCAGAUGGCUGGUCAGCCUGCCCGUCUGCCUCCUCUGUCUUUGUUUCGUCUUCUUUGCUAUGCUCCUCUGCCUGCAACUACAGGAGGUGGUGAUGGAGAUUCAGGAGCUGCCUGGUUUUACAAGAUUCAUCCCCAAGAUCCUCCUGGCUGUCACUGUAACUGUGUGUGAUGAGGUGUAUAAGAAGAUCGCCUACUGGCUCAACGACUUGGAAAACUAGCAUAAGCUCCAAAAGUUUGUCAAAAACAACUUUUUGAACAAACUAUUCUGGACUUAUUUGUGUGCUAUGUACGUAUCUUUACAGAAAUGCCUCCUCUCUUCACAGAUGCUGGCUACUUUAUUGAUUUUCCGCCAGUUUCUGCAGAACAUCAAAGAAGUCCUUCAGCCCUACCUGUAUGAGCAAAAUAAGCUGGGUGUCUUCACCCCAAAAGUGUUGUGGGAGCUUCUUCAAGCCAUCAUACUCAAAUAUGGUCGCCUGGCUCUGGGAAAGGCCCAAGCCUCCAUGACAUACUAUUCAUUUUUGGGACCCAGAGGAAUUUCAGAUGGCCAUAUUGCAAACUGUAAUCCACAGCCAAAGAGAAAAGGCGAUCUGAAAGCUGGUUUUAGGCUCUCAGAGGAGGAGUGGGACAUGAAUGACAGCAUCAUGAAGCAGCGGAAAGUCAGCUUCACGGAGAAAGUAGACUAUCAGGAUGUGAUGACAGAAGCACAGCCAGAGGAUGAAAGUUUUCUAGAGGACAGUCCAACAUUGGUAGAGGAAGGAAUGAAUCCAUCCAGUAUUUUUGACAGCUGUGAUGAGGACAGCGACUCUGAAUCACAAACUCUGGACAACACUGGCGUGUCCUCUCUAAAGGAAUCGGAGUCCAUCUGUCAGAGGAGAAAGAAUGUAGGUGAGGAGAAAGAUGACAAGAAAUCUUGGAUUGAUCCACCAGAGGAACCUAAAACAGUCACUCUGACCCAGGCUGAGAUUGAAAGCUGUAUGCAGACAUAUGAGGGCACAAUUCAGGAUUACCAAGAGAUGUUCAUCCAGUUUGGCUAUGUGGUGCUCUUCUCUUCUGCCUUCCCCCUGGCAGCCAUGUGUGCUCUUAUCAACAACAUUAUUGAGAUCCGAAGUGACGCCUUGAAACUCUGCACCAGCCUUCAGAGACCCUUCGGACAAAGGGUGGAGAACAUCGGGCAGUGGCAGACUGCAAUGGAGGCUAUGGGCUUGAUAGCCAUUAUAGUGAACUGUUACCUGAUUGGUCAGUGUGGGCAGCUGCAACGUCUGUUUCCCUGGCUUAGUCCUGAGAUGACAAUCAUCUCCAUUGUCUUACUUGAGCACUUUGCAAUCCUCCUAAAGUACAUCAUCCAUGUUGCCAUUCCUGAUAUCCCUGGCUGGGUAGCAGACGAGAUGGCCAAGCUAGAGUAUCAACGAAGGGAAGCUUUCAAGAAGCAUGAGCUGCAGGCCCAGCAGCACUUCCAGCAGCAGCUCAGACGGCGGCGAGAGGAAGAGGAGCUUCAUCGUCAGGCCGAGCUUCAGGCUGAAGCUCGGCAGGAGAGCGACUGUCACAGGACUGACGCUCAGCACCAGCACCACCACGACAAAACACCGGGCAGCAAGCCCAAGAGGCCCAGCUCUCUGCUGGGGAACAACAACGUAAUGAAGCUGAAACAGAUCAUUCCUCUCCAGGGGAAGUUCUCCUCCAGUUCCUCACGCUCACCAGCCCAGUCCCCAACUGGAGGCGAAGCAAAGCUCCCUGGGUUUCUGAAGUUCCUAAAGUCACCCGAGGUGAAAAAAGAGCCAGCAGUGGCAUCUGGAGCCACAUCUGGCUCCACAGUCACGUCUUCAGCGCCACCUGGUGGACAGGAGAGGUCACAGUCCCCAAACAGGUCCUUCAGUCCAGGGAAGCUGUUCGGUUUUAGCAAGUCCGAGGGUACGGUGGUGUGUGCUAACGGGGUGCAGCCUCCGGGCCCGGCUGCUCACACUCAACCCAGCAGGGCCGAGUCAAACACAAGCCCAGAGGAGUUACCCUCCAACGAGUCUGACAAAGGAGAACCAAGACCACAAACUGAUGCAGAAAACUCAAAGACAUAAUAUUUCAAAGGUUUCACAUUUCUUUAAUAUAUUGCCCGCCGCCUUUCAUGACAGAAUUUUAUAUGAAAAUCAUCUUAUGAUGCGAAGGGCCGGGGGUACACCUGCUGAGGUCAAACCUCAUAAAUAAUAUGAUGAGCGGUCUCGUGUGGCAUCGUGAGAUCUCACCACAUCUGUUUGGGCUUGGAGUAACUGUUGGGUAUGAUGCUGUGAUUACUGCAACCAGUUUAACUCAGCGACUAAAAUAAAAUACGACGAGCGCCUCGCCAAGGGAGCUGAUCUAGGGGACGCACUGAAAGGUGUCCAGUUGUACAUGU